AUGGCGGCGCCCGUCUACCCGCUCUGGGUCACCCGCUGGGUCACCGGGCAGUGGCGGCAGAGUAAGCGGCCCCCGGUCAUCCGCCCGACCCGGCCGCUGGCGCUGGCCAACAAGGUAGCGAACCGCCGGGAGGAGCUUCUAGAGGCGACAUGCAUUACGGAGAUGUCAGUAAUGAUGGCCUGCUGGAAACAGAAUGACUUCAACGAUACAGCUUGUGCUGAGGAGAUCCGCAUGUUCUACGACUGCGUGGCAAAGGCAGAAAAGGUGCGCAAGGAUCAAAAUAAGGAGUCAUCCAGGGAACUCUCAACUUCAAGCAAAGUGAACAAGCUCCUGAGGAGGUUUCCUCAGAUCACACGUUAUGUAUAA